GUUUUAUUUUCUGAAUGUCUGUGAAGUAAAAUUUUAGGGUUUGAUUCUCAAGCCAUAAUCAUGUGGUUAUGCAUUUUUAGCUUGUGCACAUUUUUUUUCUAUCAUGCUUUUCCUUCCGCUCAACAUUCCACUAAUAUGCUUGAAAUACUUCAGCCGUCUGCUUGACAGCUAUCAUAGUCAAAUAUUUUGAUGAUUGUGUAGUCCAUGAAAUUUUAAUAAAAACGUACUUUUUAUUGGGCCUGGGCACUAAAUUUCAGGGUUUAAUUUGCUGUAAGCCACAACGAUCAAAAUGAACAGUGACAGACUCUUAAAGUAGAUCACCGUAAUGCAUGAGUUUUGUGUUUUAAAAAAAAAAAACUGUAUACAAGUUUCAUAAUUUUAUUCCAAUUGACUGAGAUCCACCUGUAGUUUUGGAAGAUCUGCGUCACAGAUUUAGUAAAUUCUUGGAAAACGUAGAAGCAGAGCGGGGCGUCAUGACGGGGUUUUCAGCUGUGAAAAUCGUUUAACUUGUUUGCUGGAGGUGUUUGUUCACUCUAUGAGCUUUUUAACUUCACAAAUGAGGAACUUAAGAGCACAGAGGAAGUUGGCCAAUAAUUGCAGGCUAGAUUUCUCAAUGCAGCCCUGUUCUUUUAGGAUGUUGAGCAGCAAAACUGAACAUGUCAUGCACGUCCCCCUCUCCGAGAAAAUGAGCUUUUGCACCUAGAAACCGAAAAGGAGUUCUGUCUGUGCUGCUUGGAUCCCGUAUUACUUACUUCAUCUGUGUGUCACAGAGUGAAUGAAACUGCUGACAGUGGACAUCUUUGCACAAGCUGCUGCCUUCCCUCUGUCUGUGAGUCCUUCGAUGGCUGCUGACGACUAUAAUCCCGUCUCCCUGAGGCACAAGUCGAAGAAGAAGCACCGAGGGGGCAAUGGUACCAUGAGUAGAAGACGAAUCUCCGUCAAAGAGCUCGGUCAACCGGACCACCAGGGAUGGCUUUACAGGAAGAAGGAGACCAAGGGUUUCCUGGGAAUCAAAUGGAAGAAGUACUGGUUUGUCCUUAAGAAGACUGCGCUCUACUGGUACACCAACCAGUUGGCGGAGAAAGCAGAGGGCUACAUUGACCUCGCAAACUUCGUGAUAGAUGUAGCCAUCGAGUGCAAGAAGAAGCAUGCAUUCAAAGCCUGCCAUCCUCAGGUCAUGAUGUUUUAUUUUGCUGCUGAGAACCACGAUGACAUGAAUCUAUGGUUGAACAAGCUCGGGCUGGCCUCCAUUAAUUAUGAGCAAACAGAUCAAACCACAGCAGCUGAGUGUUACAGUGAAGCCAGCGAUCACGAAGAGGCAGAGAGCACAGAGAUCCCCCCUCCGCCGUACUCGGAGCAGACCCUACGGGACUCUGUGGAUGCAUCUAAUCCACCUGGGAGCACACAUCAGGGUACUGUUCCACCACCAUAUUCUUCCACAGCUCCUGCAGAAGCCAGCGAUUCGCUCUCCUCCCCCGUCAGUACGAUGACGUCGCAGAGCUCCGCCUCUUCGCUCGCUAAGCAAAGGCAGUCCUGGAUGGAUCUUGUCUCAGAGGCGUCCUCUACUCCAGUCGGGGAGACAGCAGUGGUGUGCUCGGUCCAGGUCCACGCUCAACGACCGCCACAAGGGAGAACGGAAGUGGCAGCGUUGUCGGAAAGCUCGGUUCCUCGGAGCUCCACAGACUCAAAUGGGUCCAACAAAGAGAACCCCGUGGCUCACGGGGAGGAGCGGAGGGACGUUUUAGGUCCUCAAAGUGCAGGCAAUCGUGGGAAUAGCUCUGAUGAGAUGGAAAAGCUGUACAUUCAUCUAAAGGAGGCCAGCCUUUCACCAAUCGGGGAUCGGAAACCAUCCACGAAAAGGGAAUUCAGGGCUUCUUUUGUUAAACGCUGUAAAAACCAGACCGUUAACGAUAAGCUACACCAUAUCAGGGCGCUCAAUAGCACGCUAAAGUCUAAGGAGGCGGACUUGCAGGCAAUAGAGCAGGUGCUGUCUGACCCAGAGCUUACCUCAGACAAGUUCAGAGAGUGGAAGGAAGCCAACGUGCCAUUGAUGGUGGAGAUCUGUGUCAAAGACGACCACAAGGGGGCGCCAGACGCUGUGACAGCUGCAGCAUCAGUCACUGCUGCCCCUGUUGCAGAGACCAGUUUAUAAGAAGUCCCUGUGACUUAGUUUACUGUUUGGACUUGGACCUCAUGAUUACAUACACUCACUGCUGUGAUUUAGUCAGAUGACACUUCAGUUCCAUGUAAGCGCAUAUUUAACUGCUGUUUAACAUGCAUCUGUAAAGUGUUGUUUUGUUUUGUUUUUUCUUCUUUGUUUUAGGUUUCAUAUUGACUCGGAAACAUGAGCAAUACACAUGAAAAUGUGAUUUCUAUUUUACUUGGUAGAGUUGGCUAAUUUUUCAGAGCUUAGUCUUUUUAACAUUUUAAUUCACAGAACCUUUGCAUAAACUCUUGAUUGAAUGGAACGGAAUGCACGGAAACACUGUUUUUUUGUUGUUGUUUGUUUUUUGUUAUUGUUUUUUACUGUAUAAUUUAUCUACUUUGUUUUCAUCUGCAGGGAACAAAUUCCCAGAUAGUUGUUGUCUGCUAAUUAUUGGUGCCAUGCACCAUCUGUGCCUGUUACAAGCAAUCCAGGAGCCAUGAUUCUUUCCUCGUGCUGUAGAUGUCGCAUCAUGCUUUAUAUUAACUGUUCUGACUGAACAAUAAACCCUGUAGUUAGAAUAAAUUGCAUCCUGAUAAUUUCAGAUAAAUAGGAGUCAAAUUAUUGUCGCUAUGCAGUUUAAAACUCUAAAACACUAGACAUUUGCCUUGAGACCAUAAAUGUUGGCAGUAUGUUUAUUUUAGUGUGGGGAAAAAAAAUACUUGGUAGUAUUGUUUAGCAUUACUGCCCUGUAUGUGUACAGAAACUUUUCAAAAUAAAGAAAGCAAGCCUAAAGCUGCCUUAUCAUUCGGGAUGAACAUUUAUGCCUGGAUGCGUCAUAUUUUAAGUGUGCAAUCAGUAUUGGCUAAUGGAGUCUUUGCAAUGAAAUAUUAGUAUCAGCUGUCUUUCAGAUAUGGUCACAUUUUAACUGAGAGAAUCGUCCAAGUUUAAAUACAAAUGGGUAAAUAAUUCAACUCUAAAAUAUGUAAAAAAUAAAACUAAAGUGACAUUUAACUUCUCAUUAUCAAUAAACAGCAUCUCUUUUUAAAGAAGAGGUUUGUCAGCUUACAGUUUUGGCACUGUUCAUUUGUAACAAACCUUUACAAAUGAUAUUUGUCCUGUAAAACUAUUGUAAAAAUUUUUAUUUGAACUUUUCAUUAGAUUUGAGCUUAUCAAGCAGCAAGAAAUAUGUCCCUUAUGUGAUUUUCCAGGAACAGCUUUAGAUGCCUUAUUAAACCUUGAACAUGGAUUAUUACAGAUGUAGACAGUCCGGGCUGGCUCCAUGUGAACUUUUUUUUUAUACAUAUUUCCUUCAUGUUAUAGUUUAGUGUAAAUAUGUUAAUAAUGAAUGUGUAAUUGUAGUGUUUUUUUCUUUUGUUUUUGCUAUAAAAAGAAAUAAAGCAACACCAAAAUUUC